UAUCUGUUGUCACUACUUCCAGAUUCUAUAUUUUGUAUAAUUUUUCUAAAGAUAUUUGUAUUCUUAAUCUACACGAAACGAAUUUACUUUUAAUUUAAAAAAAUGAAUCGUACUGACAUCGAACUGAUGGAGGACAUUAUAUUAGAAGGAAAGCACGCAGAAAAGAAUAUCACGAAUGGAUCGGGAAACAGUAAGAUUAAAAGUAACAGCCCUCGUGCUUCAAGCAAACUCAAAGUAGAACUUCAAACUUUACGAAUAACCGAAGAAUCUGAACGACAGCUUUAUAAUACGUUAAAACACAUUUAUGGUUCGAGUUUUAAACUUUCCGAUGCGUCAGAAUUUGAAAACAAGACGUCCAAUUUAGGCAAACAAUAUUGGUUGGAAAGAGGCAAUUUAGUUAUUAAAGGAAUAGUCGAUUAUUCUAAUAAAGAUAGUACACCUAAAUCUGCCGAGCAAAUCAGCAGACAAUUUGCAACGUCUAAACUUGAAAGUUAUGGUUUUCAUCAAUUGCAUUGCAUCGAGGCACUUUUACAUACGAGAGGUGAUGUAGGAAAAGCUCUGGAAGUACUGUUUUAUAAAUACUAUGGAUUGGAAAACAUAGCGAGGAGAAAGAUAACUGACAACAUAGACAUGGCAGAUUUAUUAGAACGAAGACAUGAGGAGAAGGAAGCACUUGAAUCGAUUUACGGAGAAAUGUUCAUUGAAAAGAUAAAAGAUCAGAUUUGGACUGUACAAGUUAAACUGGAUUAUUUAGUUAGGAACGAUGAAAUAGAAGAAGAAAUACAAAGAGUAAUGAAGAAACAAGAAAAGGAAAAGGGGAGAGAAGUUUGUAGAUUAUUUCUUCAUAAGAAAUGUAGGUUUGGGACUAAAUGUAGGUUUUUGCACCAUCAACCAGAGGUAUUGAAAAUGCCUGAGAGAGAAGAUCCAUAUUUUACCUUAGAAAUAAGAUUUCCUGAAGGUUGUAAAUAUCCGUACGAGCCGCCUUAUUUUUAUUUUUAUAAAAAUGAUGGUACAUUUCCAAUUAUAAAGUGUUUAAGAAUAGGACGGAAAUUAUAUGAUGAAGCUUUAUCGAUAUCUGAAGAUGGAAUACCCUCUAUUUUUUCAAUAAUAUCACUUUUGGAAAACGAAUAUGAUAUAAAAGGAUACUUAGAAGAGAGCAAAGAACAGUUUCUAGAUCCGAACGAUGUAUUAUUCCAAAAGGAAUCCGAGGACGGAAGCGAAGGGAACACUGCUACGCGUAACGAAUUGGGAUCUACUCAGAAGAAAAAUAGAAGUAACAUUAAAUGGGAAGAGGUGCUGAAGGAAGACGAUUUAAUUGAAAGAAAUUUCAAAGAGAAACAAACAAAUCCGAAAUAUAAAAAAAUGAAAGAAGUUAGAAAAAUGUUACCCGCAUGGCCGAAAAUGAAUGAAAUUUUAGAUAUGAUAUACGGAAAUCAAGUUACUAUAAUUUCAGGUGAAACAGGAUGUGGUAAAAGUACCCAGGUUCCGCAAUUUUUAUUAGAUAGUUGGAUCGUCAAUAGAUCCAAAUCGAAAGAUCAUGUUAACAUAAUAUGCACGCAACCUCGAAGAAUAAGCGCGAUAGGGGUGGCAGAAAGAGUUGCGUCAGAACGAAAUGAACGUAUAGGUGAUACCAUAGGAUACCAAAUACGAUUAGAAAGUAAAAUUUCGCAUAAAACUAGAUUAACAUUUUGUACAACUGGUAUACUGUUACAAAGGUUCUCUAUGAACCCUGAAUUGACAGAUGUUACCCAUAUUAUCGUUGACGAAGUACACGAGAGAAGCGCAGAGAGUGAUUUUCUACUGAUGCUCUUAAAAGAGUUACUGCCGAAACGAUCAGACUUGAAAGUAAUACUUAUGAGUGCAACACUUAAAAGCGAAAUAUUUUCCUCAUACUUCAAAGGAGCUCCUAUUUUAUGCAUUCCAGGAAAGACGUUUCCUGUGGAACAGAUCUUUCUAGAGGAUGUGUUUGAAAGAACAAAUUAUGUACUUGAGGAAAAUUCAAAUUUUACGCGUAGGAUCAAAGGUGAUUGGGAGCAAUUGCAAAUUGAUUUAGAAACGGCAGAGGUCGAAGAACUCUCUGGCCCCAUGCCUAAGGAAUCUAUUCAAGACGAGAAUCUAUCGCUGAAUCAAAUUGUCAAUAGAUAUCAAGACUACAGUACGCAAACGCACAAGAACUUAUUUGUAAUGGAUCAUGAAAAAAUCAAUUUCGAACUUAUAGAGGCUCUACUAGAGUGGAUUAUUUUCGGUGAACACGAUUAUCCUAGAACCGGCUCUAUUUUAGUAUUUUUACCAGGAUUCGCUGAAAUUAUUACAAUGAAAGACAGAAUACACGUCAAUAAAUAUCUCUCCCCGAAGACUGGGAAAUUUAUUACUGUGCCAUUGCACUCAUCUUUGUCCAACGAAGAACAGAAUUUAGUUUUCAAAAAUACUGGAGACGUUAGAAAGAUCGUAUUGAGUACGAACCUUGCAGAAACAUCGAUUACAAUAGACGAUUGCGUUUUUGUGAUCGACAGUGGAAAGAUGAAAGAGACCAGGUUUAAUUCGAAUCAGAACAUGGAAAGCUUAGAAACGUGUUGGGUAUCGCGUGCAAAUGCGUUGCAACGAAAAGGUCGAGCUGGUCGUGUGAUGCCUGGAGUAUGCAUUCAUUUGUACACCUCGUACAAGUUUAAAUAUAAUUUCGCAGCACAACCAGUACCUGAGAUACUACGAAUCCCAUUAGAACCACUAUUAUUACGAAUUCAACUUUUGAAUGCAGGAAAGAAGAUCGAUGUACAUAAAGUUUUAGGUAAAAUGUUGGAACCGCCGACGGAUGAAAAUAUCUCGAGCGCGAUUAAACGUCUGCAAGAUGUUGGUGCAUUUAACUCCGAAUGUACGUUAACACCGUUAGGUCAUCAUCUCGCAGCGUUGCCCGUGAACGUGCGAAUUGGAAAGCUAAUAUUAUUUGGAGCAAUUUUCUGCUGCCUUGACUCCGCGCUCACUAUCGCAGCCUGUUUAUCCCACAAGAACCCGUUUACUAUACCUUUCGAAAAGAGGCACGAGAUCGAUGCGAAAAAAGAAUUCUUUACUGCCAACUCCGAUCAACUGACCAUUCUCAAAGCAUACAAGAAAUGGUUGGAAGCAUGUACUCGCAGCAAUAUCGCAGGUCAUACAUUUGCAAAUGAAAAUUAUCUUUCCGUGCGUACAUUGUAUACUUUGGCGGACAUAAAAUAUCAGUUCUUAGAACUACUAGUUUCGAUCGGUUUCGUCUCUAUUAAUUUACCUAAACGGCAGCCGAACGUUGAUAAGAUCAUGGAGAUCACUGGACUUGAUCUGAACAUCAACAAUGACAAUUACAAACUACUUCAAGGUUUACUCUGUGCUGCGUUAUACCCUAACGUAGUAAAAGUUUUCACGCCAGAAAAAUCAUUUCAAGUUCAAUCUGCUGGAGCGAUUCCUAUACAUCCUAAGCCCGAAGAGCUUAGAUUCCAAACUAAGAACGAUGGUUUUGUCAGCAUUCACCCAUCCUCUGUUAACUUUCACGUUGGCCAUUUUUCUAGUCCGUAUUUAGUAUUCCAAGAGAAAGUGAAAACGAGCAAAGUAUUUAUUAAAGAAGUAUCAAUGGUGCCAAUUUUACCGUUAAUCUUAUUUUCUGAUUACGAACUGAAGAUAGAACAGCAUAAUGGGAUAUUUAUUAUAUCAUUAGAAGAUGGUUGGAGUUUAUUCAGCGUUGAAUCGCAUAGGGUGGCUCAACUUUUACAAAGGAUGAGAAUGGAACUAGUGAAAUUGUUAGAACAAAAAAUGAAGGACCCUCUUUUGAAUCUUUUGAAUUAUCAGAGUGGAAAAAAGAUUAUUCAAACUAUUGUAAAUGUGGUCACGAGAGAAUAAAAUACGUCUUACAAAUACA